CCACGUGUUCCGUAUGUGCGGAGUUACUGAUGGAAGUGAGAUGUGUGUUUCACUGUCUUUGGGUCCUGUACCGGAAGCUGAGUUGUGCAACAGGCGUAGUAAUGACUAUUUAUCUAGCAGUGAUCAUUGAGCUGCUGCAGAAUAGUGUAAUGAGUAAAAAACGGACCAAUGAGGAAGCUACACCUUUGAAAAAAAUCAAAACUCAACUAGCAAUAUGAGAUCUAAGAGAGGACGGACCGGGCGCAGGAGAAAAAAGAAAAUGGUGACUGACUCAACCCAGAGUGCAGUAAACAAAAGCCAUGAUAGCGAAUAUGUACAACUGAAAAGGUGGCUGAAGGUUAGAGGAUUUCAGAACCAUCAUCUGAGGACAGCAGAGUUUACAGAUACAGGAAGAGGACUGAUGACUACAAAAUUCCUACAGCAGGGAGAACUGAUCAUUUCUUUGCCAGAAAAAUGUCUUAUUACAACAGACACUGUUCUCCAAAGUUAUCUUGGAAAAUACAUUACAGAAUGGAGCCCUCCCAUCUCUCCCUUGUUGGCUUUGUGUACAUUCUUAAUCACAGAAAAGCGCGCUGGAGACAAUUCCCAAUGGAAGCCCUAUGUAGCUGUACUGCCCAGAACAUAUAGCUGCCCUGUUUACUGGGAGUCGGUGGUAGUUCAUCUACUACCAGAACCUGCUAAGCAAAAAGCCCUGGAACAAGUGGCUGAAUUACAUGAGCUGUAUCUUUCAUCCUUACCAUUUUUUUAUUCAUUGCAAUCGCUGUUUCAUGAUAGCACUGAAAACAUUUUUACUUAUGAUGCAGUGCGGUGGGCUUGGUGUACAGUCAAUACCAGGACGGUUUACAUGAAGCAUAAGCAACGCUUCGGCCUCUCUACAGAACCGAACAACUACGCUUUGGCGCCAUAUUUAGACCUGCUGAAUCACAGUCCCGCUGUACAGGUUGAAGCUGCAUUCAAUGAAAAGAGCCGAUGUUAUGAGAUACGGACUAUGGAUGGCUGUAGGAAGUAUGAACAAGUAUUUAUUUGUUACGGACCUCAUGAUAAUCAGCGGCUUCUUUCGGAGUAUGGCUUUGUGGCAGCGAACAAUCCUCACCAGAGUGUUUAUGUGACAAAAGACGUCAUCCUUCAAUGUGUAUCUUGCAAAGAAAAGCAAUUUGUCAAGAAGUGGUCACUGUUGAGGGAGAAUGGUUUUCUAGAAAAUUUGACCUUUGGAUUGGACGGGCCGUCCUGGAAACUAUUAGCAGCUCUCAAGUUACUUUGCCUUGGACCAGAGGAAUUCACCUGCUGGAAGAAGAUUCUUUUGGGAACUUCGGUUUCUGAUUCUAAUGACCGUAACUGUAUGGAACUUGUGAGAAAAGUUUGCACCCACUUGCUAGAAGAAACAUCCCAAAGUCUUAUGAAUAUUUCACUGUUGAAAAUGAAGAAGACUUCAGAAAACCACCUGGCCUUGGUCGAAGCGUUGAGAUUAGAAGAACUUAAAAUUCUUCAAACAUCAAUGGAUAUUCUAAAGAAUGGACAAUAUAUAACAAGUUAAAACUUAUGUCGUCUCUUAGACCAUUGCUCUGGCUGGAGUUAUCUACAAGAAUUGGGCUGCUUAUCAUAUAUUAUGAUAAUAGUACGGCUUUAUAUAUUAUUUCUCUGCAAACUUUAUGUGACAAUGUGUAACAGUUGCCCUGUUUAUCUGGUGGGGACACGCAUCAAACCAGCCUCUGAUUUGCAAUAUUGUCUCAUUUUAGCGACAAAUGGGACAGUAAACACCUUGUAAUUACAAGACAUGUCUGUCGUGCUGUUCUUGAAUAACAUAUCAGCCAAGACUAAAAAAUUUAAAGCAAAUUACCAUCCUCAUUACUGAAAUUAUUUAUCAAUAGCCAAACUCCGCCCACCAUUUACAUUAUUUGGAGGAGCCAAUCUGAGCUUGAGCCUUCAAAGAACAAACAGAACAAAGCCAGUCACAGACUGAGGGAGUCAUGUAUUGUAAGUCGAGCGGACAAGCUUCUCAACUAGAGAAGUUGUCUGCUUGCCUUUGCGGCAUACGUGCAGUGGAUCCUGUUCGUCUGCUACUUGUAUGCAUCAUUACACGUUCAAGUGAGCAUGUAAAGCCCCCCCUUCUCUUGUGCAACCAAUCACGUGAGAGAAGGGCCCAGCAAUCAUCCCUAGCUGGCGAGUUUUAGGUGAUUUCUCUUCGCCACUUCAGAGCAUGUGUGAACCUACCCCAAAAGGGCUCCGGACAGCUUACACUGCUUUGUACAUGGAGCCCAUUAUGUAAGUAUAAAGUACAUUGCUUUGCAAUUGUUAUUAGUUAAAACCAAUUAGGGAAAGAUAUGUUGCAAGUCAGCAGGGUUCAUUUUUCAGAGCUGAAUUAAAUGAAUAGGAAACUAAAUAAUGAAAGUAUAUUGCAAAGUUAUUUCAUUACACAAAACUAAACACUUAUAUAAAAAUCUCAAGGUGUUCACUGUCCCUUUAAGUAGUGGCACUCCCAGUUACAUUUAGUGACUGUUAUAUCCAUUAACAUUGCCACUUGAAAGAGAUUUUUACUUUUUAUAUAUUCUGGACUCUGUAUGUAAGAAUUGUCUGGUUGUCUAGAUGGAUUGUGUUUUUAUUGGGAAAACUAAUUUAUCUUUAAAGUGUAUAUUUUACAACAA